GAUUUUAUUGCACGCUGCCGCUGACUUCCGGGAUGUCAACUGAACUCUAGACGUCCACAAGUCGUUCAAGUUAGUGGGUCGGUGGUUUGUUGUCUUCGUUAACGUAUACACACUUUGACCUAUUGUACGAGGACUGCGUGCGUACAUCAGACAACAACAUGAGUCUACAAGAGAUCAAUGAGAACGUGAAGCUGGCCCGCGAAUACGCCUUGCUUGGGAACUAUACCUCGGCCAGCGUUCUUUACCAUGGCUUGCUGGACCAAAUCAGGAAAUAUGUGUAUACUGUGCGGGACAGCAGUUUUCAGCAGAGAUGGCAGCAGUUGUGGCAGGAAAUCAGCGAAGAGAAUCGACAAGUUCAGGAAAUAAUGUUGACCCUGGAGAACUUUCAACUUGACACAACGCCCGCUAAACCCAGUAACCAUGACGAUUGCGAUAUAAGGCCUGUGCACGUGGAGCAGCGACAUUCUCCAUGUCCUGUCAGGCGGCCAGCCAACCAGUAUAAAGACAGCAAACCAACCAACAACAGGCUGAGCGUGGCUGUGAGGGCCCAACAGAGGCCCUCGGCCCGUGCGUCCAAUGGGGACCGAGGCAAAGCAUCCAAAGGCAAAGAGAAGAGAGAGUCAAAGGAGGCCGCCGGCAAAGUAAAGGAUGACAAGAACAAAGCAGAUGUCCAGGAGAAAGAAGUGAAGAAGUUUGACGGGGCGGGAUACGAUAAAGACCUUGUGGACGCUUUGGAGAGAGAUAUUAUAUCUCAGAAUCCAAAUGUGAGAUGGGACAACAUUGCAGACCUGGAAGAUGCAAAAAAACUUCUGAAAGAAGCGGUCGUGUUGCCGAUGUGGAUGCCAGCAUUUUUCAAAGGAAUACGAAGACCGUGGAAGGGAGUGCUUAUGGUCGGACCACCCGGCACUGGGAAAACCCUUUUGGCUAAAGCAGUUGCCACCGAGUGCAGAACCACUUUCUUCAACGUCUCCUCAUCCACUCUCACCUCUAAGUACAGAGGGGAAUCGGAAAAGCUAGUUCGCCUUCUCUUUGAAAUGGCUCGUUUUUACGCUCCCACUACGAUCUUCAUUGAUGAAAUUGACUCCAUGUGCAGCCGCAGAGGGACCUCAGAGGAGCAUGAGGCCAGCCGGAGAGUCAAGGCGGAACUACUGGUGCAGAUGGAUGGUGUUGGUGGAGCGUCAGAAAACGAGGAUCCAUCAAAGAUGGUUAUGGUGCUGGCUGCUACCAACUUCCCGUGGGACAUUGAUGAAGCUCUGAGGAGACGGCUGGAGAAGAGGAUUUACAUCCCCCUGCCUUCAACCGAAGGUCGUGUGGAGCUGCUCAGGAUCAACCUGACUGAGCUGGAGCUGGCGAGCAACGUGGACUUGGACAAGAUUGCAGAGAAGUUGGAGGGUUACUCAGGAGCCGACAUUACCAAUGUGUGCAGGGAUGCCUCUUUGAUGGCCAUGAGGCGAAGAAUCGAGGGCCUGACGCCAGAGGAGAUCCGUAACAUCUCCCGGGACGAGAUGCACAUGCCCACCACUAUGGAGGACUUUGAGUCCGCUCUGAGAAAAGUGUCCAAAUCCGUGUCUGCUACUGACCUGGAGAAGUAUGAAAAGUGGAUCGAAGAGUUCGGGUCCUGCUGAGAACCACCGAUAUCCGAAAUGUGUAGCUAUUGCUGUAAGAUGAUUUACUAGUUACUAGGUCGUGCAGUGUCUUUCAGCAAGAUCCAGGUGUUAUCAAAGAGUUUUGAGUGGCACCUCCUUAUUGUACAUCAUGUUAAAAUGAUGUUCCGUUUUGCUAAAACAGGCACUCGAGACACCACUUGAUGUCGGAAAAUUUCUCAUUUUGUUUUAAGGAUCCUGAAUUCAUCUUACAAAAUGAAUUCAAUGGUAGUAAGACGUAAAUGUUCCUGCAGCAGACGAUCUUUUACCGCUACUGUGCUUUCUCAAGUGUCAUAUAUUCUUUGUACCAUUGUGUUUAAUCCUAUUAAAUGUUACUCAUGGUUUGUCCCUUCUUGUUUUCUGAACAUAUUUGAUUAAAGGUGUUACUGUGGGUUUUUUUCACA